AUGUCAGCCCCCUCAAAUCUCAACGAAUGCCCCAUCCACAUCCCCCCACUCGGACCCUUCACCCCCGUUCACCCCUCCCUCACAUUCACCAAACACUGGACGCCCACCGACGAGCACCUCCUCCAAGAAGAUCACCUCUCCAAAAACUUCCCCCUCUCCCAAAAUCCCUUCCCACAUACAACAUACUAUUCCUGGAACAGCCCCUCUACCGAGACAUCGCAUCCGGAAUCCGACUACGUAUGGCGCCUCGCGUAUAAAUUUUUCCACAAAUCGCCAUACGAUUUAUUUCCCCGGAUGAAAAUGGGUUCGGAGCUCGAUUUGUCGGAUAGGGGGGUCUGCAAGUUUGUCGCGCAGAUACUGUGUAUACCAGGCGUGCAGGGCAAUGUGGAGUUUCUGGAAUAUAUUCUGCAAUAUGCAGCGCAUUUCAUAUGUAUACGAAGUCCCCCACCGGGGAAAUAUGCAGGAAAAUUACCGCAGCCUGAACAUGUGGAUUUUAUGGAAAUUUUGUCGGAAGAAAAUAUCCUGGAAACGUCUACGAUGAUGAGAACUACCACCCACGAAACCCCUAUACUCCACCACCGAAGCGAUCCCGAUCCUUCCCUGAUAGACACAAACCUAAUCCCCAAUCUCAAACUCCUCACUCUCGUCACCACCGCUUGGAACCUAUACGCUAAAGCUAGAAUGCUUCAUCCGGUCUCAACUUACGAUAUCCACAUCCGACUCCAGCUCUCCGCUAUCGAAAUCGAUGAGCGCGUUUGCGUUGCGAGUUUCAAGCGAGAGUGGAAAGUGCAGUGGCCGUUGGAAUAUCGGAGAAAUGUGGUGAGGAGACAUGGGUGUGGAUAUGCGUAUUUGUAUCGGAAUGUGUAUGCGCGGGAAUUGGUGGAGUUUAUUGAGAGGACGGUGCCGGAGGGGUGGAGUUUGAGGGAUGAGGAUGGGGAAGGGAAUGGGGGUGGAGAUGGGGAGGAAUCGUUUUAUUCGCUGAGGAGUAUUGUGCAGGGUAUUGAGAGGUGUGGGGGAGGAGGGUGGGAGGUGCGGUGUAUGGGGAGACAUUUGGCUAGUAUUCGGGGGAGGGAAUGGCAUUGUUUUUCUGGGGAUGGGGGGGUGGAUGAGGGUGGGGAGGAAAUUUUGUUUUUUCAGGUGGUUAUGAAGAGGGGGUGGAAAAGGAGGGAGGAGCGGAGAGGGGAGGAGAAAUGGGAGGAAGAACAGGAGCGGAAAAAGGAACGCAAGGUGUGGAGCGAAAGAGUAGAUGGGUUGGAGAAGAUAGAGGAACAGGAACAGGAACAGGAACAGGAAAAACAAACGUGGACUGCGGGACCGGAUGAGGUAUUUCUUGAUCAGAAAGGGGAAUAUGUGGAUAUGGAGAGUGAGGAGAGUUGGUUUAUCACGAAAGAGGAAAGUGAGACGUUGAGUGGAUGUAGGAAUUGUUGUCGUCCGGUUUGUUGUCAGGUGAGACGGAGGUGGAAUGGUGUAUUUGUGAGGACGGUGGUUUGA